AUGGAACCGACUCAGGUCACCUCCGACGAUCAUGAUAGAUCGUAUAAAAUUUACAGUAUGUACAAGAGGUCAGAGGGCCUUGAGUUGUCUCUCUCUGCUUCUCGCGACACAAAGGGUGUGUACGCGAUGAAUGAUCAGACUUUUCAUACACCAUCAUUCGGAGACGAAGAGUUUGAUAUUCCAUUGAUUCAUGGUCAACAUGCUGCUAGUGCUGGCGGACAAAACUCACAUAUGCAAUACUCCCAACUUCAUCACGCUGCACCUCAGGUGGGUAUGAUGAACCCGGCUCAAGAUGGUCUAGCUCCUCCAGGUGGGGCACCGUCGUACCAACAACCUUUAUACCUUCAAGAACCACAUACGCCUGUCACAUCACAUAGUAACGCUGCUGCUCCAGCUGGUAAUUACAUGAUACAGCAACAGCCUGGAGGUCAACAACAGCUGUUAAUGUUACAGCCAACACAAGUCAUGAGUGGCCCGCCUACACCUAACACUCCUACACAACCUGGGCCUGUAUAUGGUUCACCACAGAGAGCUUCACCACCAGGCACCACAAGUGAUGACUCGGAUGAUAGUGUUCCUUCCCAUCAUUCCCAGUUGCCUGGUGAUGCAGAAAGCCUUCUGCCUAUCCAUUAUUGCUCAGCGAGCCGGCAGCAACAAACUACGCUUCAUCAGAUUGGUGUGAGUAACAUGGGUGUAAAGAGAUCCUCACCAGAACCCAUAGAUAAUGGAGUUAAUCGUGGUCAAAUGCAAAAAAAACCCAAAGUCCAGAAAAAGAAAAAAAAGAGAGAUCCUAAUGAGCCACAAAAGCCUGUAUCGGCAUAUGCCUUAUUUUUCCGCGAUACACAAGCAGCAAUUAAAGGUCAAAAUCCGAAUGCAAGUUUUGGUGAAGUCUCUAAAAUAGUGGCCUCAAUGUGGGAUGGCUUAGAUUCUGAACAUAAAAGUGUAUACAAACAAAAAACUGAAGUGGCAAAAAAAGAAUAUUUAAAAGCUUUGGCAGCAUAUCGAGCCAGCUUAGUUUCUAAGGGAGGUGAACAAGAAAACCAAGUAAUGUAUAAUCACAAUAAUUCUAAUGCAAACUAUGGAAACUACUAUCAAGGACAGGCAUAUGGAAAUGGUCAUACUCCUCAAGGGUAUGCACCAAAUUCGACACCACAAGGAUACUCACCUCAAAAUUUCUCUGGUGGCCAACCUCCUUCCACAUAUGCUGGACCUCCACCUCAAGGAUAUCCUCCAAACCCUCAGCAGUCACCUCAAGGCUAUCAGGGAAAUAUGGGACAUAACCCACAAACUUAUCAAGGGGUCACAGGUCAAUCUCCUCAGGGCUAUCAAGUGAAUUCAACUAACCCUCCUCAAGCAUGCCAACCUAAUAUGGCUCAGUCUCCUAGAAGUUACCAGCCUGCACAAUCUCCCAAUUAUGCUUCUAACUCUGGGCUAUCACCGCCAGGCUACCGGCAAGUUCAGUCACAGUCUCCUCCAGUUCAAUCUGUACAUGCUGCAAUGCAGUAUCACCAUUCUCAACAGCAGAUGCAACAAGCUCACCAAGUGCAGCAGUAUCAACAACAGCAGCAGCAGCAACACCAACACCAGCCCCCUCAGCAACAGAUGCAGCACCAGCCACAUCCUCCAAUCCAACACCAACAGCCGCCCCAGCAACAGAAUCAACAACAAUCGCAGCACAAUCAACAGCAGCAACAACAAUCAGCAGCUCAACAAAUACAAAACAUCAAAUCUGAACAGCAAUCCCCUAACAGCAAUGCAAACUCUAACUCUGGUAUCCCACAUCAGUUGCCAGAGCAAAAUGAAAAUGGAAGCCCUCCAUCUUGUAUUCGCCAAGGCUGUACAAAUCCAGCUAUAUCAAAUAGUGAAUGGGAAGACGAAUAUUGUUCAAAUGAGUGUGUUGUCAGUCAUUGCAGGGAUGUCUUCAGCUCAUGGGUAGCAUCAAACACAAAUAAUCAAAUUCAAAAUUUUUCUGCAGUAAAG